AUGCAGCUCUCCGGCCUUAUCACCUUCCUCUCCUCCGUCGCCGCCGCCGCCGCCGUCUCCCUCUCCUACGACACCGGCUACGACGACGGCUCCCGCUCCCUGACCUCCGUCUCCUGCUCCGACGGCGCCAACGGGCUUAUCACCAAGUACGGCUGGCAGAACCAGGGCCAGGUCGCCGGCUUCCCCCACAUCGGCGGCGCCGACGUCGUCGGCGGCUGGAACUCCCCCAACUGCGGCACUUGCUGGCAGCUCACCUACAACGGCAAGAGCAUCAACGUGCUCGUCAUCGACCACGUCAGCUCCGGCUUCAACAUCGCCCUCGGCGCCAUGAACGAAUUGACCAACGGCCAGGCUGCCCAGCUCGGCCGCAUCGACGUCCAGGCCACCCAGGUUGCCUGUGGUCUGUAA